UGGUCCUUGAACCAGCAGCACCGUGAAGGAGCUGCAGGCUGGGGCCGGAGCAGCCGGAAGACAGGAGAUCAGAAAAGGCAGAUAGACCUGGGAGCAAAGGCACCAAGGCCUGGGCGCGAUGGAGUCAGGCCGGUGCAGCUUGGCCAAGAUGCUGGUGUGCCGGCUCUGGAUGACCAUCAGCAAGGCUCUGUUUGCCGAGUUCCUGGCCACGGGGCUGUAUGUGUUCUUUGGCGUGGGCUCGGCUCUGAGAUGGCCCCUGGCGCUUCCCUCUGUGCUGCAGAUUGCCAUCACCUUCAACCUGGCCACAGCCGUGAUCGUGCAGAUCACCUGGAAGUCCAGCGGGGCCCACGUCAACCCUGCUGUGACGCUGGCCUUCCUCGUGGGCUCCCACAUCUCCUUGCCCCGGGCUGUGGCCUAUGUGGCUGCACAGCUGGCAGGGGCCACGGCGGGAGCUGCUCUGCUUUACGGGGUCACGCCUGGGGACAUCCGAGAAAACUUUGGGGUCAACAUGGUCCGGAGCAGUGCCUCGAUUGGCCAGGCGGUGGCGGUGGAGCUCAUCUUGACCCUCCAGCUCGUGCUCUGCGUCUUCGCCUCCACUGACAGUCGUCAGAACACGGGCUCCCCUGCAGCCACAAUUGGAGCUUCGGUGGCAGUGGGCCACCUCAUCGGGUUCUAUUUCACCGGCUGCUCCAUGAACCCAGCCCGCUCCUUUGGUUCCGCUGUCAUCGUGGGGAAGUUUGAAGUCCACUGGAUCUUCUGGGUGGGACCUUUGACGGGAGCCGUCCUGGCUUCACUGAUCUACAACUUCAUCCUGUUCCCUGACACCAAGACCCUGGCCCAGCGACUGGCCAUCCUCACGGGCAGUGCAGAAAUGGAGAAAAUGGAAGGGGAGGAACCCCAGAAAAAAGAAAGCCAGUCCAACUCAGAGGACACUGAGAUGGAGAGUGUGUGUCAGGUGGCAUAGAGCUUGGCCUCCGCCCUCAAGCUUCUGAAAGGAGCCCUGAAAGUGGACAGCAUGCUUUGUAUAACCAGAUUUCAGGUUUUCCUGGGGACAUAGGGGGCUUGUGAGGUAGGGUGGGAAGGCUUGGCCUCUUGACCUAAGAGGGUGGGUGGGGGAUCCCCAGCAUUACAUUUCUAGAAGGAACCUGGGAAGCAAAUCUGCUCCGUUUCCUCUUCUUCCAUCACUUUUAAUGGGGCCAAGCAGAGGGAGGCAGGGGAAUUCAUCACCACUCUCCCUGUCUCUCAUCUGUCUGGACCCCAGGCAGGACCCUGGGCUUCCAGGUCCCCAUGUCUUGGAGAAAAACGAAUCUGAGCCCAGACAUGCUCUCUGCUCAGAGGCUGUGGGGACCUCCGGGAACCCUAACUUCUCACCCCACUGUUGGAAGUAGGAUCCAGACUUCCCAGAAGAAUCAGGUCCUAGGCCAGCCUCUGAGCUCCAAGGAGGGAUGUCUCUGCCCUUGGAUGUGGAUGGGGUAUGUGGCUUCCCUCAGACUGGAGGCUUCCUGGGGCCAGAUUGUCCCCUCCAAAUAGAUCUUCAUUCCUCACCCCUCCAAAUGAGGAAUCAGCAGAGAGCCCCUCCCUUGGGAAGAGCUGGCACAGAGAGGAACCUUUUCUCCAGCUAGUGGAGGGGCAGGAUUACGGGUAGGGGAGGUUCAGCCCAGAUGGGCCUUUCCCCCCAGGUGUUCUCUUGCCUUCCACUCCAGCCCCAUCCACAGAAACAAUCCUGACGGGGGAAGGUCCCGUUGCACCACUCAGUCCGUGAGCUGGGCCUGAAGAAGCCAUCACCAGACUCAUUCUCAGCUCUGCUGGGAUGCCCCAUAAGCUGUUGAAUAUGCCCCAAGGAUGAUGGGAAGUCAGGAAUAACCCAGGAAACCAAGAUUUGCAGUUCAGUGCCUCUGAAGGACUACUGGAGUCUCACCUAAUUUGUUAAUAUUUUCAAGCUGUUAUCAAUCUACUCUGCCUAUGACCUGGGAUCCAGUCUGAAUCUCAGCUUCCUCAGCUGUAAAAUGGGCUGUAAAAUCUACCCCUGAGAUUGAUGUUAAACGAGAUUGGAAAAUGUGUUUGGAAGUUAAAAUGAUAGAAUAGAAAAACAAAUCCAAUAAAUGAUGAUUAUUGUGGC